UUUCAUUUCUGUGUACAAGUUAAUUUGUAAACUGCUUAUUGAAUUCCUACAGAAUUUAAUUCCUGAUUUCGAUACUUAAUAAUUUUUUGCAUUAUUUUUUUAAUUCUUCACCAAAUCCAUUGUGGUAAACCACACAUUAUGUGGUGUGUUGGCGGUGUGGAGUGUAUAACAUGCCAGCGUUACACAACGCUGGCAUGUAUUCCGCCUCGGGCGCAUGCAACGCGCACCGAGCGGCGUCUUUAUAAAUCUUGUUCGUGCAAUGUUCAUGUAGAGAGUGAGAGAGAGUAUAAUUAAAUACAGUUAUGGUGCCGGCUUUGUGCGAUUAUGCUGUAUAGUAGGCCGUUGUCCUACAUUGGUAGCGAGAUCGUGGUUUUGUAACGAUCUUUUACACGGCAGAGUUUUUUUUUAUAUACCACACAUUCACUGCACGGAAAUUCCAAGCACGGAACGAAUGCAAUUUUCUCACACGGCUGCCUAUGGAUUUUAACCGCCGUUGACCGUUCACUCUCCAGCCACGCACUUCCCAAUAGCGGCACCUGCCAUAUUCCCCCUACACUCCUCAGACGCCUAUUCUCCACGGACGGCAUAAUACUGCACAUUUCCCACGGACGGCACACUAUCGCACAUCUGCCACUGUCAGCAUUCAACUGCCCGUAUUUUCCGCCCGCCUUUACCAGCCUACUCUGCUGUUGCGCGUUUCCCGUGGACAGUUUUCUGCCGCCUGCAUUUCUGCCAGCCUUUUCCUGCUGGAAUCUACAUAUUCCCCAGCACAUAACAGUACGGACGGCAUCCUUUCGGCCCACAUUUGCUGCCCACCUUUUCCGGUCAGAUCAACAAAUUCUACGGCACCUAACACCACGGACAUGGGGUGGACACGUUGCUGAAGAAGCAGCGUCAGGAGGCGGAGCACACGCAGCACAACGCCUUCGACCCCGACAGCCGCGUGCCGGUCGUUAACAUGCGCGACGGCAGCGUGCUGCAGGGCGACAAGGCGCCGCGCCAGAAGGACCUGGCCGACUGGCUCAUGAAGAACCCGCACUACGCCGUCGACACGCAGGCCUUCCAGAUUCCCGGCAUCACCUUCCCCAACAUCAUUCACCAACGGCGUGUCGACAUCGUCGAAACCCAGCGCCGCCGACGACUUUGCUUCGGGCAGCUCCUGGGGCGGGGGCGCUGGCGACACGGGCCUGCACCUAACCGGCGAGGAGAACGUGACAGUCAUCCACCGGAAGUCGGGGAAGAAGAUCUCGGGACGCAAAGCGCCGCAGCUGAAAUCGCUGGUGGAGUGGCUGGAGACCAACCAGGACUACGACAUCGACGCGGCCUAGGCGGCUAUCCUCCGCGAGCAGGGCGCCAUGUCCGCUGCUCCCCCGUCGACCUCCUCCGGGAAGGAGAAGCGCGGCCGGAAGAGCGCCGCCAGCAGCAGCAGCGGCGACAAUCUCGCCGGCAGUCCGGCGGCCAACCUCUUCGCCGCGGGCAACCCCUUCGCGCCCGGCUUCCCGCUGGGCGGGGCCUUUCUGCCGGGGCUGCCUCGCGCUUCCCCAUGCCCUUCCCGGGACUCCCCGGCUUCCCGCUGUCCAGUGCGUUGAUGGGGAUGCUGCCCGGGAUGCCGGCCGACGGCGAGAGCGCGGGUAGUCUGAAAGGUAAUUCCUCCGGGAAGAAGGGCGACGCGGCCUCCACCGCGUCGUCGUCCUCCUCCUCCAAGACCCGCGAGCGGGAACGCGACCGGGAGCGCGACACCACCGCCGCCGUCGGCUCCUCCUCCCGCAAGAGCAAAGCUGAGAAGGACAAGGCGGAGAAGGAGCAGCAACAACAAGCCGCCGCCCUGGAGAGCAUGAUGCAGUCGCAGCUGCCCUUCAUCUUCCCGCAGGCCGGCUUAUUCCCGGGCCUCAAUCCGGUGUUCGCGCAGGCCGCCGCCGCCGGCUUCCCCAUGGGGCCCGGCCCGCUCCUCAACGACUUCGAUCGACCCACCGCGGCGGAGAAGACCCGGGCGACCAAGGAGAAGCGGGGACGCGGGACCACGGCAUCCCCCCGCCCAGUUCGCCGGGUCCGCGCGCACCCACCGGGAACGCGAACGCGACAAGGAGGAACGGUCCGUCGGGCGCCCGCGCGGCCGCCCCCCGCGGAAUCGCGAGCGGGAGGAGUUCCGGAAGGAGCGGGAGCACCGUCGGCUGGAGAAGGCCGCCGACGAGCGACAAAGCGGCGGACGAGGAAAGUCUUUCCGUUUUCGUGUUGGUAUGGUUUGGAACCCGGAUUGUGGCCCUUUUGUUCAUCCCCAUAGCUGAUCUCCUGGUGAAUGUGGAAACUGGAAUGGUUAUGCGCGUUUGUGUCGCGGCGGAAUCAAUAUGUCUUCGGACUGUUGUACGGGAGGAUCGCAACUCUCACCAGACGAGGAGACUUGUGUUCUCGCUGUUUUUUUUACGGAUG